GAAAAUUCAUGGCGUAUGCGGGGUCAGUCUCGUCCAAAUGGUUCUAUAAGGGGAGGACGGGUCCCGGACCUUGUUUCCUCCUCUGUCCGGCGUGGUCCGUGGGAGGAGAAAAAGGAGAGGUGGUUCCUUCCCUUUCCUUUCCCCUUUUCCCCUUCCCAUCCCGCCCCUAAAAACCUAGGGUUUCGUUAUCCCUUUCUACCGAUCCGAUCUGGAAGCUCUCCGAUCCAGCACGGCACCUCCCGUACAUCUCCAGGGUUUUGCAAAGAUGGAUAAUCUUUGGCAACUAGGGGAUGAGUUCCGAGGACAAUCAAAGAUAUCGGAGGACCAUCAGUGGUCUGUUAUCACUUCGAAACUGGCCGAGCUCACAAGAUCAAAGCCUGAGCGGAUGAACAACCUCGAUUAUUCACGGAACGCCAUUGAAACAAAAUCUUGGGACAAAUUGGGAUUUCAGGUGGAUAACAAAUUUGAGAAUCUCAAUCUUGGACUUAUGAAUCUGGAUCUCAAGAUGAAUGAGGCAACAGUGAAAAGUCCUUUCCGUAAUAAUGUUUAUAACAUGAACCCAGUGUACCAGAAAAGCAACACCAACAGUGUCGGCAGUUUCAAGCUGAACACUGGGAUCAGCAAGUAUGCUAGUAAUACUAGUGGCAAAGAGGUCAACAACAAUAACAGCAGCACCAACAACAGCAACAAUAAUAGCAACAACAACAACAAUAACAGCAACAACGCUGCUGCUGACAAGCGGUUCAAGACACUACCUUCAACUGAGAUGCUACCAAGGAAUGAAGUCCUUGGUGGUUAUAUCUUUGUGUGCAACAAUGACACCAUGCAGGAAGAUCUCAAGCGGCAGCUGUUUGGCUUGCCUCCAAGGUACCGUGAUUCUGUCCGGGCAAUUACCCCAGGGUUACCUCUUUUCCUCUAUAAUUAUACAACCCAUCAGCUUCAUGGGAUAUUUGAGGCUGCUAGUUUUGGGGGUUCAAACAUUGAUCCAACUGCCUGGGAAGACAAGAAGUGUAAAGGCGAGUCUAGGUUUCCUGCACAGGUGAGGAUCCGUGUUAGAAAGCUCUGCAAGCCUUUAGAAGAGGAUGCUUUUAGGCCAGUUUUGCAUCAUUAUGAUGGUCCAAAGUUUCGUCUUGAGCUCUCUGUAGCAGAGACUCUGUCACUACUGGACCUGUGUGAAAAAGGUGGCAUCUGAGACCUAUAGCGGAAGACGGUAUGUCUGAGGCCUCUGGAGAUGUAGUAGAUAUAUGCAUAUACAUGUUUUGUGGGGUGCGUGUCGGCUGUUUCUUUUUCUUUUCUGUCUUGAGGUUUUCGAUGAAGCGCAAGCUUGGAUUGUCUGUUGCUUAGGUUGUAUUUCCAAAUGGAUCUGGUGCUUUGAAGGCCACAAAGGUAUGAGCCAGUCAAUCCAGUGUCUGAUAUCUUGGAAAUGCAUUGUAUUACAUAUGCAGUAGGAUUCAUAGAACCCUGUAAUCUUGUAUCAUAAUGCCCCAAAAUGAGGGGCACUGAUGGUUUGAGGUUAGUGCAUGGAACCUUUGUUGUUGGCGUUGGUCGUUAGUAUGUCUUUUCUUUCUGAACAUAUGGUAUCUAUCUGUACUCUUCUGGAUGCAAAUGCUGCAGAUAUGUUGUCCCAA